AUUAUAUUAUCACAUUCAUUUCACCAUUCAUAAUAAAGAAAAACACCAGGAAACAUAGGUUUCUCAGCACAAACAAAAUUAUAUAGAUAUGAAUUAUUAUCUACAAUAAAUUUUUUGAAGUCAUUCACACAGACUGGUUUACAGUAUACACAAAAUUACAUUUCUAAAUUGACUUGGAUCUGUUCUUAUUGCUAAAUGAAACACGAUUCUCUGGUGAACUGCCAUGAAUGAAAAUUAAAAAAAGAAUGUAAUAUUGCACACAAGUGGGUUUCUUCCAGAAUCUAACUUACAAAAUAUCUACUGGAGCCUAUUUGUUGCUGAUGCUGUUAUUAUCAACCACUUCCCUGGAACAUUAUAUUUAACACGUUAGCGCUGAAUACAGGAGAUAAUCAAGGCUACAAGAAGGCAUCUUUGUAGAAAAUGUCAUUCAUAACUAUACCUACAGUGAAUUUAGUACUAAACUUUUGAACACACACGCGCGCGCGCAUAUAUAGCCUAUAUAAAUGGCUUUAACCUAUGACUUCAGAAAACGUUAAAACGGUGCUGCAGCCGAAUCGUCCUACGAGGGGCAAAGAAAAAACCCGGACCACCCUACAAACUGUGAAUUUAACUUUGACGGGAAUAAACAGAAAUAAGCAUUAACGUUUCUUUUUUAAAAGAUGUGCAGAUUUCAAGGUCCUCUCGCGACAGCGACGCGCGAUUGAUCAACUUCGUGCCGUUUUUUUUUUUCUAACGUCCCCAGAGACUCAACUGAACGGGACACGAAAAGGGGGUGCCGUGCACGGCAUUACUCACUUAAGCAUACACAUCUACCACAUCUCGACAUUAAUACGUCUAUAUUAAAUUCUUAAACGUGUAAAACCAUUUAAAAAGUAAGAUAUCAUUCCGAAACAAUCGCAGAAGCAACGACUUUAAUUGCAUCGUCAUCCUCUCUCCCCCCCUCCUACGUCGCUGUUAAAUGGUUUGCCCGUGGGGUUGCAGGAAGUAGUAGCCGCUGCCAUGUUUGGCUGCUUUGUUGUAGAUUUCUUGUAGGUUUACUGCAGGUUUGUUUUUUUUAAAGUGUUGCAAUAUGGAGCCGAGCUGGAGUUCCUUCUUAUUCCAGCAGGCCAAUGAAGCCCUCCACCACCAGCACCAGGUGGGCCCCAACAGCCUCCUGCCUCUGCUCACCUCUGGGGCUGAGACGCAGGACCAGAAGCCCGUCGUGCCCAUCCCACUGGACCAGAAGCCCCCGGUGAGCGCAGCCGACCUGCUCAAGGACAACGUGGCCAGCGGGACGGGGGGUGGGGGCGUUGGAGGUGGCGGGCCCAUGCCCAUGGUGAAGAAGGAGCACAAGACCAAGACACCGUUCAUCUGCGGCUACUGCAGCAAAGCCUUCCGGGACAGCUACCACCUGCGGCGCCACGAGUCAUGCCACACGGGCGUCAAGAUGGUGUCACGGCCGAAGAAGGCGACGCCGGCAGCGCCCACCAUGGUGCCACUCAUCUCCACCAUGGCGCGCGAGAACAGCGGCAACCCUUCGUAUGUGUCCACCGUCGCCGGCAUCCUCACCACGACCACCAGCGCGGCUGUGCCCGGGGCAGCACCCGGCGCCGGCCACCAGGGGGCACCCAAGAAGCCGGCCAAGCCCGUGAAGAAGAACCACGGCUGCGAGAUGUGCGGCAAAGCCUUCCGUGACGUCUACCACCUCAACCGGCACAAGCUGUCGCACUCGGACGAGAAGCCGUUCGAGUGCCCCAUCUGCCAGCAGCGCUUCAAGCGGAAGGACCGCAUGACGUACCACGUGCGCUCGCACGACGGCGGCGUCCACAAGCCGUACGUCUGCUCCGUCUGUGGGAAGGGCUUCUCGAGGCCUGAUCACCUCAGUUGCCACGUCAAACACGUGCACUCCUCAGAGAGACCGUUCAAGUGCCAAGUGACGGCCUGCACGUCCGCCUUCGCCACCAAAGACCGCCUGCGCUCGCACAUGAUCCGGCACGAGGGCAAGGUGACCUGCAACAUCUGCGGCAAGAUGUUGAGCGCGGCCUACAUCACCAGCCACCUGAAGACGCACGGCCAGGCCAACUUCAGCAACUCCUGCAGCAAAGGGGACUGGCAGUGGAACUCGCCAGGGCUGCGAAAAGACAGCAACGAAGUCUGCAACUCCGCUUCCGCCACGCCCGUCACCGCCUCCGCCCCCAUCACCACAGCGAUGAACCGCGGCAACGCCAGCAACCCCGUCACCAUUGCCGCGCAGAUGAACAUCACGACCAACACGGUGAAUAUCACGUCGCCAGUCAGCCUGCAGCACCCGGUCACAAUCACGGGCCCCGUGAACAUCGCCUCGGUCAACAUCCCUGCCACGGCGCCCAUGAACAUCGCCCACCCGGUGGCCAUCACUACACCCAUGCCCAUGAACAUCGCCGGGCCGCUCAACAUCGCCAUGAGGCCCAUGGAGACCAUGCCGUUCCUCUCCCAGGUCCUGCCUUCCUCGCCGCCCUGGUGAACGGACAAGCCGGCGCUACCGACUUGAACCUGAUUCUCCUUACCAGCCGACC